AUGGUUUCUUUAAAACUUGCACAACUUAUUUCGAUCGUCGUUUUUGCUUCGAUCUGCAUGAAUAUUCAAGCUAGCCUUGACACGAGAGCCACCGGGGUGGCCAAUCCCAACAAUGUACCUGCAGCCCCUUCAAACGCGGCCAACAGCACGAAUGCCAACACCGAUCCGAAAAAACCCAAGCCAGCCCCUAAUGCACCUGCCGGAAACGCCAAGACUCCAGGGUCAUCAGCAAGUCCUUCGAACGCGCUAAACGGAAAGAAUGGCAACACCGAUCCUAAAAAGCCCAAGCCAGCUGGCACUCCAGAUUCCAAACCCCCGACGGACAGACCUAGAGUCAACCCGAGUCCUCCUGGUGCUGCUGGAGCUGGAAAUAGCACCUCUCAGGCCGGUGGGAAGAAGCCACCCAAGAUGAAGCGAGGGGAGGCCCCGGGCGGCGGAGGAGGUGGAUCAACACCAGAAGAAAACAAAGUCGGUAAGCUCAAAUCCAAGCUCGGAGGCAGUGGGAUGGGUGUUAAGUCUGGGGCCGGAGACUUGGGCGGAAAAUCUACGCCGAGCAAGCGUGGUGAAGCCCCAGGCGGCGGAGGAGGAUCACCAUCGGACGAAAAGAAAGGCGGUGGUCUCAAGGAGAUGCUCAAAUCGAAGUCCGGAGGCGGUGGAAAGGGCGGUAAACUUGGAGGCGGAGGCAUGGGCGGUAAGCCUCCGAUGAGCAAGCGUGGGGAAGCCCCGGGCGGCGGAGGAGGAUCACCACCGGAAGAAAAGAAAGGCGGUGGUCUUAAGGAUAUGCUCAAAUCGAAGUCCGGAGGCGGUGGAAAGGGCGGUAAACUUGGAGGCGGAGGCAUGGGCGGUAAGCCUCCGAUGAGCAAGCGUGGGGAAGCCCCGGGCGGCGGAGGAGGAUCACCACCAGAAGAAAAGAAAGCAGGCGGUCUAAAGGAUUUGCUCAAAUCGAAGCUCGGUGGCGGUGGAAUGGGCGGCAAGAUGGAGGUGGUU